UGGUUUACUGCAAAUAUGCAUUGUAACCGAGUAUCUAAAAUAGCUAAUGAGCUCUCCUCCCUCAAUGUUAUUUUUUGUAACAGAGAUACAAUCCUCUUUUUUUAGGGACUGACUGACUGACUGACUGACUGACUUCUUUUAGAGGCUUAUGAUAAUAUCCCAGAAAAAAAAUGUUAUCAUUACAAUAUAUAGAAUGGGGAGGGGGAGGGAGCUUACAUUUAAUAACUCUGUUUUCGUGGUACAAAUACUGCCUUUUAAUGGCUGUUGUUUCAUUUUAUAUUGUGCCUGUUUUAACGGAUAUGUUAAAAUGACUGAUUCAGUCUUUCUCAAUAUAGCGUCAUUUUAUGAAAUAUCUAAUAAUAAAAAAACAAUUUGAGAACA